AUGCCGCUGCUGGGCCCCGGGGCGGCAUUUAAGGCAGCGGGCCGCCCCGUACCGGAAGUCGAAUGGAUCGACAACCAGGGGAAGACGAUCGCCGACGGCACCAAGUUCAAGAUCGAAACUUCGGGCCUGAACACCUGCCUAACCAUCCAGAAAAUCGAGAUCGCCCACCGCGGGGAAUUUACCUGCCGCGUCCGCAACCGCUGCGGCGAGGACAAGUACGCCAUCGGAAUUCAGGUGACCGAUCGCCCGGAACCGCCAGGAAAGCCGACCGUCCAAGAUCAAAAUGUCGACUCCGUCAAGCUACUAUGGGCGGUGCCGAAACAGGACGGCGGAUCGGCCAUCAGGAAUUAUAUCGUGGAAAUGAAGACUGAAAACGACAAGACCUGGGCGAAGGCCGAGGUGACGAAACAGCCAUUCACCACCCUCUUCCACUUGGUGGCCGGAGAAACAUACCGUUUCCGCGUCCGUGCCGACAACGUCUUUGGGCAGUCCGACCCUUCGGAGGAGACCGAUCCGGUUACGGUACAAUCUGUCACCAGACAGGUCGUUACCCCACCGCCAAAGGAGAGGAAGGAGGAACAGCCCGAAGCCGUUGACUACGAAAAGCUGGACACGACCGUAGGCGAGGCCGAACUGAACAAGACCGUCGACCUCAACCGCAUACCGAAUGACUUGCAGGCAAAGUACAUCAUCUGCGAGGAGCUCGGCCGUGGGGCCUAUGGUACCGUUUACCGGGCCAUCGAACGCGCUACCGGCAAGACGUGGGCCGCUAAAAUGGUCCAGGUUCGCCCUGGCGUGAAGAAAGAGAACGUGCUGCACGAGAUGGACAUGAUGAACCAGUUGCACCAUGAAAAGCUGCUGCACCUGCAUGAGGCAUUCGAUCUCGGGAAUGAGAUGUGCCUCAUCGAGGAAUUUGUCUCGGGCGGAGAGCUUUUUGACAAGAUCAUGGAGGACGACUCGCUCAUGUCCGAGCCCGAGGUUCGCGACUACAUGCACCAGAUCCUGCUCGGACUGCAGCAUAUGCACCAGAAGAACAUCGUCCACCUCGACCUGAAGCCUGAGAAUAUUCUGCUCAAGGCGAAGGGCAGCACCGACAUCAAGAUCAUCGACUUUGGGCUUGCGCGGAAGCUGGACCCGAAGCGCGGCGUGAAGCUGCUCUUCGGCACGCCGGAAUUCUGCGCGCCCGAGGUGGUCAACUACCAGCCCGUCGGCCUUGCCACGGACAUGUGGACCGUCGGAGUGAUCUCCUACGUUCUGCUCUCCGGCCUCUCUCCAUUCCUCGGCGAUUCCGACGAGGAAACCCUGGCGAAUGUGUCGGCAGCCGAUUGGGACUUCGACGACCCGUCAUGGGAAGAUGUUUCCGAUUUGGCCAAAGAUUUCAUCUGCCGUCUGAUGGCCAAGGAUAAGAGGAAGCGGAUGAGCGUCCAGGAGGCCCUGCAGCACCCGUGGAUCGUGAAAUCCGCCCCGAAAUACCGCGGAAAAGUGCCGCUCCGCCAGAAGCGCGACUUCAUGGCGCGCAAGCGCUGGUCGGACGAUCUGCUGCCGAUUGGACGCCUCGCCAAGCGGGGAGCCAUCUUCAGGAGACUACACCGACUGCGCACCUCAAUCAUCCGAAAACGUCUCGAGGACAUUUUCGCAAAUGUUGGUGACCUGAUCGCGACGCUGUCGUGCGACGUCGAAGGAAUGCCGGCGCCAAGGAUCCGCUGGUUCAAGGGAGACAAGGAACUACCAACAAAUUCCCCCAAAUACAACACGCGCUACCUUAAUGGCCUUGCCGAGCUGACGGUGAAGAAUAUCGAAGAAACCGACGCCGGAAUCUACACUUGCCGCGCCACAAAUGAUCUUGGAUCCAUCGAGACCCAGGCCAAGCUCGUCAUCGAAGCCCCGAAGAAGAAGGUGAAGAAGGCCGACACCGAGCCGACCGAUCAGUCGAAGAAGCUGAAGAAGGAGAGGACAAAGACCGAAAUCCCCGAAGAACCCCCACUCAUGGACCAGCCGCCGUUCUUCAGGUAUCUU